AGGGCAAUUCUGGCCAGAGAACAGAGUUUUUGUUGCAAGGCUGCUCUGAAUGCUUUAAAAAAUACUCAGGGCGGCUUCUGGCAACUGUGAGCAUGCCAAGGAGAGGAUGAGGAGCAGGGAGAUUAGCAGGAUGGAUGGAUGGAUGGAGGAAUCUCUGAAUCAAGCAGUGUCUCCCCAAACAGAGCAAUGCUGCUCUGCCAGGAAUUUGCCACGAGGAGCGGAGUCGCUGGGAUGCAGUGCCCACUGGCGCUGACGUGCAGAACCUAAAAGGGUGUGAACUUUUUGAGAAAUGAUGUGUGGGUGACGGAAGAUACCAAAGUGGCAGCUUUUGCCUUCACAGAUACUGCAUAGAGCACCCAAAAAAAAUCCAUGUGAGCUCAGUGUGCGCUGAACUCCCUGUGGCCCCCCAAAGGGUGCACCCCCCAGUGCUGCCCCCACACCCAGCGCUGGGGCCCGUGGCCCAGCAGCAGCUGGCUGGGCACACACAGCAUGGGCACCCCCAGCCCUGCUGCACUGCUCAGGGGCUUUUUCAGGGCUGGCUCCCCCUGUUCCAGCUGCAGCUGAAUUCCCCGGGCAGCCACAGAGCCCCUGUAUGCACAGACAGAGGCGCAGUGUGUUGUGCGGGUGGGCACGCACGGCCCCCACCCCGCUAAAAAGGGUCUCCUGUUUCCCUGGGCACCGGCGGAUGAGCUGAGCUCUGUUUUCCCCGGGUCCAGCUGCAUCGUUCAUCUAAGCACCUCUGUCUGCCAGCCCAGCACCCGGCUCGUGGGACACGGCUUGUCCUUCCGCUGGCCCCAGAGGUGAACUCAGCCAAGGCCUUGGGUUUCCAGGAGGGAUUUUUGUUUCCUCUGAGAGCAGAGCCUUGGACUGAUGGACCUUUGCCAACCUAGGGCUCCCCCAGAGCGCUGCACUGGCAAGGUUUUGAGUGAGGAGAACGGAAAGUGAGGCACAAGAGGGAAAAAGCAUUGACCUACAACUGCCUGAAAGGAGUAGGUUGGAGGGUGUUGGUCUCUUUUACCAAGUAGCAAGUGAUAAGACAAGAGGAAAUGGCCUCAAGUUGCACUAGGGGAGGUUUACAUUGGAUAUUAGGAAAAAAUUCUUCAUGGAAAGGGCUGUUGGGCAUUGGAACAGGCUGCCCAGGGCAGUGGUGGAGUCAUCAUCCCUGGAGGGGCUUAAAAGGCAUUUAGACAAGGUUCUUAGGGACAUAGUUUAGUGACAGAGUUAGGUUACGGUUGGACUCAGUGAUCCUGAGGGUCUCUUCCAACCAAAAUGAUUCCAUGACCCAAGGCUCCCUAGAAAAUCUGGGGACAAAGCUCUUGUAGUGGCUGGACACCAGUGCACCAACCCACAAAUGUUGGAGCAGGAGGAGCCAGGUUCUGUUUCACACUUGCCACGCAAGCAGCAAACUCACCCCAGCCACAGGCAAGUCUUCAAGGGGCAUUUCUGCUGCAGAGCCCCCUGCACCAACCCCCACCGACAUCGUCGGUCCUGCCUCAGAAAUGAAACACAGGGAUGUGACCAUGGCCUAGCAAGAAGCCAGGGGCAGGGACAAGGCCAGAGCCUUGCAAACAAGCUCCCCAGCCUGCCGAUAAACUGCUGCAGAGGGAUUAAAUCGGGAAUGAUGCAAGAGAAACAGAGCCUGAACAGUCACUAGACAAAUGAGUGAAUGCCAGCUGUGCUCAACUAGCAUUAAAAAUGAAUAAAUAAAAAUUUUCAAGACACUUCCCCCUAGAAGCAUUAAAAUAAUAGGGCAGAAGCUGCUGCAUGUGGGACAGUAGCUCUCCAGCAGAUGAUUUGCUGCAGAGCUAUUUUUGCUUAGCUGUGAUUAACCAAUCUUGCCACAAGAAAAAAAAAAACCCUUAUCCUAGACAAAGAUCUGGGCUGGGGAAGCUGAAUUCAGCUGCUCAUUAAGGACACAGGGUGACAUUCCCAGCCCUCCCCAAGAAGCUGAUCUGCAGCAGCAGCCCCUGCCUUGCAGGUUGCAAGGGUGCAAUGCCAAGGCACCGAGCAAGAGGGGACGAAAGGGUCCCCGUCCUGCUGCUCCCUGAAGGUUCGGUCUCUGUCUCAGCCUGUCUCAGCUGUUUGUGCGAGCGCGUCCCGCACUGAUGCUGUGGCGGUGCCGCGGGGCGGAUGCAGGAGCAUGCUCACUCCAUCGCACAUCCAUCGCAUCACGGGCGGUGAAGGCUCAGGCUGCUUGGCGCCCGGGAGAAGCUGCUUCUAGAGGGAGAGCGGGCAGGACGCGUCAGCUGAGAGCAAAAUGGUGGCACCCGGCCCUUAGGAAACCUGCUUCACUCAGAAAAUCUGGCAUCUGGGGCUAGCUGUGUUUGGGAAGGCCAAUUUACACGGGAGACUGGGAGGGAGUGAUUCGAGCAUCCUUUGGGAAGACCUCUCCCAGAAGAGACGGGGAUGGAGUCACUGGGCAGCCCUACAGAAGACGAGAAUACAUCCUCUCCCCCAAAUACUUUAAACUUUAAUGGGGCACAUCGUAAGCGGAAGACACUUGUUGCACCUGAAAUCAACAUUUCCCUGGACCAGAGUGAAGGCUCCAUUCUCUCCGAUGACUUCCUGGACACACCAGAUGACCUGGACAUUAAUGUGGAUGAUAUUGAAACUCCUGAUGAGACAGAUUCCCUCGAAUUCCUGGGGAACGGGAAUGAACUGGAAUGGGAAGAUGACACUCCCGUAGCCACGGCCAAGAACAUGCCUGGGGACAGCGCAGACCUGUUUGGGGACGGUGGGACAGAGGACGGGAGUGCUACCAAUGGCCGGCUCUGGAGGACGGUCAUCAUCGGAGAGCAGGAGCACCGCAUCGACCUCCAGAUGAUCAAACCCUACAUGAGAGUGGUGACACACGGAGGAUACUAUGGAGAAGGUCUCAACGCCAUCAUUGUCUUUGCUGCCUGCUAUCUUCCAGACAGUAACCUGGCUGACUACCACUACAUCAUGGAGAAUCUCUUCUUAUACGUGAUCAGUAGUCUGGAGCUGCUGGUGGCUGAGGACUAUAUGAUCGUGUACCUCAAUGGAGCGACGCCCCGGAGGAGGAUGCCCGGCCUUGGCUGGCUCAAGAAGUGCUACCAGAUGAUCGACAGAAGGCUGCGUAAAAACCUCAAAGCACUGAUAAUCGUGCAUCCCUCGUGGUUCAUCCGGACAGUGCUGGCUAUAUCCCGACCCUUCAUCAGUGUGAAGUUUAUCAAUAAGAUCCAGUAUGUUCACAGCUUGGAGGAACUGGAGCAACUUAUCCCAAUGGAGCACGUACAGAUCCCAGACUGCAUCCUACAAUAUGAAGAAGAGAGGAUCAAGGCCAGAAAAGAAAGGGCAGAAGAGAAGCAAGACAUGGCUGAGAAGGAAAGCAGGCCUGUGCCCCCAGCAGAGGAUCAAGAAACCAGCAUGUCAUGAAUCGAAGCAGAGCGGAGCGAAUGGAGCGGAAGAACGACGCAGCCUGGCAGUCACCCACGUAAAUGACCUUUUGGUGUAAGACCUUGUCACCGUCUUAUUCCGAGUCCUGUAAGCUCACGGAGCCUGCCUCCCGUCUCCAAGACGCAAAGUCCUUUAAACUUUUGGGAAACAUUUUACUUUAAAAACAAAACCAAACCAAACCCAAACACCCAAACCACAAAACAAACUAAGCCAAGAAUAGCACUUUUCAGGACAGGCUGCCGUGUGUUUCAGUAAUGGUCUGUGGAGAGCUACUAAGCAGUGCAAAUAGAUCCAUUUUUUCUCUUCAGAGCAUCCUGUAGUCCAUUAGUCACCAGCCCAGAAAGAGAUCUAUUUUUUGUUUAAAUUAUAAUCCCUUCCCCUAGCUUGCUGCUGGCCAGCACAGAGACCGUUUGCUUUAAACUGCACAAGCAGUUUCCUCCACUCAGACACCACAACAGCCGUUGCCCCAGGGAAUAACUAGUACAAUGAAAAGCGUGCAUUUUCCUCCUUUCUACAGCCGGUAUAUGUUUCUUCCUGAAAAUACCAAGUGCCCACCAAUCUAGGCACCUCUUCCAGCCUUGACCGCCUCGGUUAUUAACAGUUCAUUGCCAGUUCCUCUUAUUAACUCACACCGAACCAUUCUUAUGAGUAAAUGCCGUAUUUUUUCCCCGAUUUGUUCUGUGUCGGUUUGUAAGGCGCUCUGAUAACUCUGACAGUCCCAUGGCAUGGCAGCCUCCACAGAACCUUCUCAUGAGCACCUUCUCAAAUCAACGCACACCAAAAAGGUCUGGGUUUAAGAAGGAGCCUUACGGACAGGAAAGUUUUUUACGCCUUGUCUUUGUAUCGAUUUCAUGACACUGGACAAUCAUUCACUAUUAAUAACUCCUAUUGUGGAGACAAGCUGCUACGUGUUUGAAUCUCGAAGGCUUCAUCUACAAACAUACCUGCCUGGUACAAACCUGGAUGGAAAACGUUGGGAGAUGUGGAGAGAGGACACUGAAUCUGUGCUGAGCUUCUCGGUUCACCAAGAGAUGCAGACGUGGUAUUGAGACUCUUGAAAUCUGUAUUUUGGACUCGUGAGGAUCCUGUGAGCAACAGAGGGAAGACAAUUUAAGAACAAAAUGAUCUGGCCAAACUCAUUUGGAAACUCCUGAUUUCACCAGAGCGAGUUGAUCUCGACUGUCUCGAAUGCACCAGACACAAGCCCUUGCAGACAAGUGCAGAUGAAGAAUUACCUGCAUAUUUCACCACUUCAGGACUAUUUCAAGCCUGGCAAGCCCAGUCCCCGGCUAUUUGAGAUAACCACCGCUUCACUCUGCUCUCAAAUUCCCUGGAGGACAAUUCUGGCAGAGCAACAUUUUCCUCCAGAUCCAGAUGUCUUCUCUGCAUAGAUAAAGCUUCUUUUACAGAUGAGAUUUUUAUUUUCCUGAAUGGCACAAAGGAGCACCAAAUAUGCUUUCUAACUUAUCAUUUGAUCCAUGUUUUUCUCACGCACUUCUAUCACAGAUGUAUUUACUGAACAGCCCUUUGCAUGAAAACCAGAGCAGCACGUCCCCAGCAUUAAGCCCAGAAGCUGAGGACAGUAAAUCACCCCAAUUCGGGACCGUCCAGUAGAUUUCAUUUCGAUUCACCAGGAACACAAGGGAAAUAAAACUGAGAUGCCGCUGGAUAUUCAAGUUGGAUAAUUAAUGUGAUUUCUCCUGUAUAGUACUGUGUAAAUGUGAGUGGAAAUUUAGGACAUACCUCAUUGCAAUCUUUCCAUCUGUUUUUUUCCAAGAUUAUUUGCUUACAGAUGUGCAGAAACACGGAUGAGAAAACCGAAGUGGUAAAGGUUUUAAAAGCAACACAUCUUCUAUUUUACAUAUCAAAGGAUGAAAAAAACCAAGAGAGUUAAUGAGAUGCUGGUGGCAAUAAGCUCAGAUUGGCCUGACAGCAGUGAAAUGUACAAGCAAAAUUGCUAUAAAUACAAAAGCACACGUUUUCUCUUUUGUAUUUCCAUAUUUAUUGGCAGUCCAAAAUACAGCAUGCUACUGGUGAAGUGAAUUUUUAAAAGUCACCAUGACAAUAUAACAAUCUAUCUCAGUUUUUUUUCCUAUGUAGUGGGCCCUUUUAACCCAAAUCUACAUGUAAAAAUGUGUGAACCGUCAUUUUUCUAAAGUGUUUGUAAUUAAGUGGUUUAUGCUAGAAGACAUAGAUUGCUGUUCAGUAUGUAUUAUUAUUUUUGCUUUGUAUUAUUCCAUAAGAAUCUGUGGAUAUUCAAUUAAAAUGAGACUAAUCCUUAAGCAAAAA